AUGGCUACAUCUAAGUUUCUUCCUCACGAGGGAGGCAAGCGGAAAAUCCGAGUCGCAAUCAUUGGGGCAGGCCUCUCUGGGCUUACUGUCGCCAAUGGUUUGAUGAGAGACCCGGCUGGGAGAUUUGAUGUUCAGGUCUUCGAACGAGACACGGCUACAUUCGGCUCGGAGCGUGGCGGGUAUCAGCUCCGCAUCAGCCGCAAUGGCCUGGAUGCUCUGAAGACAGUAUCCGAUGCUGAACUUUGGGCCGCCAUCCGCGAGGUCUGGACCGAGGAUCACGAAAGGGCGCCUACGGUUGUUGAUCCUGUUCGUUUCGACGCUGCCCUGCGCCUAGACACUCAUAAGUGGUAUCCCAAGAGUCGGUCAUUGUCCAGAAUCGGGCUGCGCCGUGCGCUCCUGCAGCCGAUGAUCGUCCAAGGGCGGGUUCAAUUUAACCAUUACUUUAAGCGUUUUGAUAUCCUGUCGAAUGAAGGGGGUGUGCAGCUGCAUUUCGACGGCCAGGAUCCACAGGAUGCCGACAUUCUCAUCGCCGCAGACGGCAGCGGCAGCCAGGUCAACCGGCAGGUUGGCCUUAAUAACAAAGUCAAGCUCCAGAGCCAGAUGCUGUUCCAAUCUCGCGGCCGUGUUUCAAAAUCUGCUUGGGCUGAAUUGCCCGAGUCGCUCACUAAAUACGGCCCAGUGUUGUUCUUGGGCGGCAAGAAUGCUUUUGGGUAUGCCUCAAUUUACAACGACCACGACGCCAGCACCGACGGUCAACCGUCCUGGACACUAUACUGGUCCAUCCUCGUUGCUAGAACUCCUGGAGAAGAGUUGAUAGUGAAGGCCGGCUCAGAUCGUCAGAAGAUCAUUCCUAACCUGGUCGAUUACGUUCGAAAUGAGCUGGGCUAUGGUGAACCCAUGGAGCGCAUCCUCAAAACGGCGACUGAAUACGUCCGGACAGGAAUUGUGACCAGCUCUGUCAAGCCGGAGACGGAUUGGCGAAACGGCGACAAGAAGAACGCGCGAGUUAUCAUCCUCGGUGAUGCCAUGCAUCCCAUGCCGCCGAGUCGAGGCAUGGGUGCAAACCAAGCAAUCACUGAUGCCGGCAACCUCGUCGAUUACUUUCGCCAGACUACUUUCAAGCAGGAUGUGCCGUCUGAUGACGAGCUUGCCGCUUUAGUACACGUAUUCGAUGAAGAGAUGUACAAGCGUACAUUCAACAUGGUGAAGACCAGCGAGGACGUAACUGCGCUGGACCUGAAGACGGUGAAAGGAAGGAUGAUUAUCGCCUUUGUCAGCAUGGUUAUGACCGCUGUGGGAUGGGUUUGUGCCGGCUUAGAGGCUGUUGGCUUGAGAUCCCCUCAAAAGCUAGACUAUUUUUCGCUAGAAAAGUAG